AUGCGUCUCGCAUUGAGACUACUCGGAGCUGCUAACCAGAAUGUGAAGAAUCCCAGACUAUGGCAAGAUCCUGUCUUAGGAUAUUUCGAAACUCACGGAAAAACUGAGUUUGUUGCGGGACAAGAAUACAACCUCACAGAUUCAGAGAAGAAAGCUGUUUUGUGGCGUUACAGAGUGAAGGAAAUUCUUAAAAAAGAAUACUUACGUCGCGAAUAUGACCCUGCCAAUUUCAAAUACAAAGAGGGUGUUGUUAUGGAUCCAGCUAUGUUCAGAUGGUAUUCUGCUGACAUGACGCAAGCAGAGUUCUUCCGUUUCACACCGAAAUCUGUUCUUCUAUACGUGGGCUCUGUUCUGGUUGCAUUUUAUGUGUACACCCGCCUCAUGUUCAUUUCUGGGGAUAAAUCUAACGAAGCUUGCUUGGAUGGAGAAGUGUUAUGGUGGGAUAGACAGCAAGGACGUACGCUCAUGACUGCAGGAUCUGGACAUUUUGCUCCUACAAUUGGAAUAGACUUCUAA